AUGGCAACAUCUCCUCCCGGAUCACCAGGCUUACCACGACCGUCAAGCGCCAUGAUGAAGCCGGCACAAAGAAGCAGUAGCCGCUUAAGUAUGAACAGCAAAGUUGGGGGGAGUAGAGCUUCGGAUGAGGAUGGGGCCGUUCGUGUGCGGCCACCGUUAAAACCUACGGAUCCCGGCUACGAACUUAUUCCCCAGCGAUUCCAACGGUCUAUGGUGCAGACCACCUCGAAUACGGGUAUUUCCAUCGAUUCACCACAAGGAAAAAAGCUUUUCGUAUUCGACCGAGUCUUCAGUUCUGAUGUUGACCAAGAAGGGGUCUGGGAAUACCUGCAAGACAGUAUUAACGCCUUUAUCCAAGGUUACAAUGUCUCUCUACUCGCAUACGGCCAGUCUGGUGCGGGAAAGUCCUACACGAUGGGAACAUCUGGACCUAAUGAGCAAGGCGACUUGGAGUCUAUGGGUGUAAUCCCGCGAGCUGCGAUGGCUCUAUUCGAGAAGUUGGAAGGCCCCCCGAAAAGUUCGAAUCGUAGUUCCAUGUCCCAAUUGCGAACGCCGGCGCGAUACUCGUUGCAGACGCCAACACCAAAGGGUGAAAAGAAUUGGCAGUUGAAAGCAACGUAUGUAGAGAUUUACAAUGAGCAGCUUCGCGACUUGCUUGUGCCAGACCACUUUCAGCAAUAUGAGCGAAGUAACGUCACAAUUCGUGAAGAUCAGAAGGGUAACAUCAUCCUUACUGGCCUGCAACAGAUUGAUAUUAACUCGGUGGAUGAUCUUAUGAAUGCUUUAAACUUUGGUUCGACGAUUCGACAGACUGAUGCGACAGCCAUUAACGCUAAAUCUUCGCGUUCACAUGCCGUCUUCAGUUUGAAUCUAGUACAGCGCAAGAGCAAAUCGCAGACUGCCCAGGGAGCUAACAAGAGGUUUUCGGUUCCGAUAGAAGCUAUGACCGGAACUGAGACUUGGGUUACAACUGAUAGCAAACUUCACUUUGUUGAUUUAGCUGGUAGCGAACGCCUAAAGAAUACUGGCGCUCAGGGCGAGCGGGCUAAGGAAGGUAUCUCUAUUAAUGCUGGCCUUGCUGCUUUGGGAAAGGAUUCCCUUGGUGGGAACGCCAUCACUUAUAUGAUCGCCUGUGUGACUCCGGCUGAGUUUCACCUAAGCGAAACUCUCAACACUGUACAGUACGCGCAAAGAGCCCGAGCUAUUCAGAGCAAACCUAGGAUCCAGCAGGUAGAGGAAGGGGACAAACAAGCAAUCAUUGAACGACUGAAAGCCGAAGUUGCUUUCCUACGCGAUCAGAUCCGAAAUGCAGAACGUAGUGGGGGUGAGCGUCGCAAUGUUGCGACAAACGAGAAGUCCGAACGGCAAAACGAACGGGAGUCGGAAUUACAAGACCAACUUUUAGACAUUCAGGAAAGUUACAAUAGCCUGAGCCAGCGCCAUGCUAAGCUCAUUGCGGAAAUGGCUAAGGCCCGUGACAACGAAGCUGCCGAGAACCAGGAUCUGGACGAUCACGUGGGCGAUACAGCAACAGAAAGGUUGAAUCGGUCUAAUUCGUUUGCUCAAGCUGUAGAGCAAGUUGUGUUGGAAUAUGAGAAGACGAUACAAUCGCUCGAGCAGUUACUCACCAGCACACGGGCCACGCUCUCAAGCACGGAAACAAGCCUUCUUGAGAAGGAAACGAAGUGUGCUUACGUGGAAACAAUCAACACUCAGCUGCAAAAACGGUUACAAAAACUAAUGGAUCGAGAGGCUAGUACAGAAAGCUAUCUUCACGACUUGGAAGCUAAGCUUGAUGGCCACACAUCUGGCGAAGAAAAGAAUGCUACCAUCGUCCUAGAAUUACGCAAAGAGAUCGCGCGAAUCCGAGAUAAUGAAGCCUCUUGUGAGGAAUAUAUUUCAACCUUGGAGGAGAGACUCGCUGAGUCUGAUCAAGAUCAGGAGUUAAUGCAGCGCGAGAUUGACCGCCUUGAACAGGUUAUUGAACGCCAGCGAAGCCUGGGCAAACUCGACAGCCUCCUCCACGAACUGGAUCAUAUCCAACCAGAUGGCAAGGAGUCCGACGCCCAAUCCGAGCACGGAAACGGAAUCGGACACCGCCGUACCAUGUCAGAACGAUCGACCAAGAGCCACGUCAGCCGACAAAGUUUAGGCAGAAGAGGAACUCUUCCUGAAGUCGCCGAAGGUACCGAAGAAGAAGCCAACGACCAAGAUCACCCCGAUACCACCAGCGAUCAUGAAGCAGUCGGCUCAAGUAUUGAUACACCAGAGAGGGCACCGACACCUACGGACUACCCACCGCAGAGUCCAGCGCAAAACAAAUAUAUUGCCGACAAACUCGAGAACGUAACCGAAGAACUUGUCGCCCUACGAGUCGAGCACGAGUCAACCAUCAACGAGUUCGACAUGCUCCAUGCGAAAUACGAAGAGGCUUUGCGCACCCUAGCAGAAUUACAGGACCAGGUCGAUGAGGCAAGGCACCCAAACCGUCACCGCGAUUCGAUCUUAUCAAUAACUUCUCCGAACGAGACCAGGCCUCAGAGUUUUUUAUCCGAGAUGAGAUCGAGCGUCGCCAAAGAUGGGACGCACUUAUCGCGAUCGCUAUCCUCGGAAUUAUCAUCAGCUAUGGAUUCCCCUACUACUGUUGAUAUUCCGGAGAGCGAAGCGUCUAAGCCUUCUGAGUCUAGGGCCACUCCGGUAACCGAAACAGCGAGCGCCGAUAACAGUGAAGCUCUCACCGCCGAGUUAGAGAGACUAAGGGCAUUGGCCGAGGAGAAGCAGGCAGCAGAGAGGGAACUUGCCGAUAAGUACGCUCAACUGGAGGAAAUGCACCAGGAAACGCUGGAUAUGGUCGAAGAGCUCAAAACCGAAGUGGCCAAGGCCAAAUACGCAGAGCCGCCAUCCCCAAGGAUGGGCACACCAGUAAUUCGCCGAAAGUCCAGUCAGAAUGUGAUGAUAAUUGAUCGUGCACAUCGAUCAUUCGCAACGCUCAGAAAUAUGGCAGCUGAACACUUCGAGCAACAGCCCGAUGUUAUGCAGAACUUCGAUCUUAAUCUAAACUCGGCCAUGCAUGAGCUACACGUUAGGUCAGAGCGUAUUCAGGAGCUAGAGGCUGACGUCGCCGCCGCGAGGAAGGAAAUGGAGAGCAAGAUGACAAUCAUUUCAGGUUUAACACACAUUUCAAUGGUUGCGGCAUUGAAGGAGCAGCUAGAGAGGAACGAACGACAACUCCUCGACAUGCAAGAAACUCAUGCUGCCCCUCUGCGCAUUUCCAUUGGGGAAGCUGCCGAGGUUCGAUCAACGUCGACGACGCAGACACAGGAUGUGAGCGAACAAGAACGCGAGUUGCGCGUAGCCCACGAGGCUAAGAUUGCUCAUCUCGAAGCUGAGCUUCUCAGCUGGGAGAGUAAACAUAACGCCGCGUUAGAUGCUUUGCAAACAACCGAGCAGCAAAUGAAGAAAACCAUCACCGAUCUUGAAGCAGAGGUCGCAGCUGCGUAUGCGAAGAUAGACGAGUCUCGAGGGCAAGCAAAGAGCGACGAAGAAUCCGAAGAAGCAGAAACUAAGCACCAGGGCCUUGUUGCUACGCUACGUAAUGAGAUCGAGAAGUUUAAGACAAUCGUUGAUGGCAAUGCUGCUAAGGUAGCUCAACUAGAGCAGGCACAUGCUCUUGCGAAAGAGCAACUUGAAGAGGUUUCUAAAGCGCGGGAUAUUUCAUCUGCGGAAUCCCGCGGCUAUCAGGAACUUGUUAGUCGGCUCGAAAUACAGAUAGCAGAGCAUGAGAAGGCCCUCCGGAACCACGAGGAAAACCUAGCUCAGCUCCGCGACAACCAUGCCAGGGAAAUCGACGAGGUUCGGGCCAGCUCCAAGGAGGAAUACGACGCGCAAAUCGAUAUGCUCAUGUCAGAGCAUGCUGAAAACAUUAGAUUCCUGGAAAGCGAUGUUACGGAAGCACGCGAUGAGCUUAUGAAAAUCGCCACCCAAGUCGCUUUCGCGUUAGGUCUUGAAGUAAGCGUUGACAGGAUCAGUGAGCGUAUCGAGGACUUGAUUGCAGAUCAGAAGGCCUUGAAUGUUGAGCAGCAGAGAUCCGUCGAGCUCGAAGGUCAUAUCGAUGAGUUAUCAGCGAUCAACAACACGAUUAUGCGUGACCUCGAGACUGUGAAAUCUACGCUAAAUGGCAUACUUCAUCCUGACAGCGAAGAUUUGACGAACCCCUACUCCUCUGUUACAGAGCAGCUUGCAGCCCUAAAGAAGCGAAUGCACGAUCUCGAGAACAAGAACAAGAAACACUCUCGUUUGGUGGAGGAGUUGGAGGACCAGCUGCAGACUAACUACGACCAAGCCCAACUUACUAAUAACAGAUUGUCUACGCUCCAAACCGAGCGCAACAUGCAAUUAGAAGAAGCCAAUGCAGCCAGGAUCAAAGCGCAGUCUGAGCUGGAAACUAUUCGGGAAGAAAUGGUCGGCUUACAGGCUCGUAUCGAGGAGCUUAGCGCUGCCGAUGGACCGAAGCGAACUGAUUCUACGAGCUCGCAGGUCCGUAAGACAGCAUCCGUCAUCUCUUUGCCAUCUCCACCACCCGCCAUCCCCCUUCCCCCGCUGCCACCCAGCGGCGCGACUUCGCCAACUCAAGGUAUCCCGCCAGCGUCAAUUGGUGGCCGGCCAACUAGCCAUGAUGUUGCUCUAGCUCAGAUCCGAGAGGACCAGGAGGCACGCAUACAAAGCAUCGAGAGACAUCUGAAAGCUGAAAGGCAGCUGACUUCCACAUUGGAAGAAGCUUUGACUGACCUCGAAAGCCAGUCUAAGAAGAUGAAGGCCGACUGUGAGGCCUGGAAAAAACGUGCUCAAGACCUUGAGGCAGAAGUUAAGGAGCUUAAGGAGCGGCCUCAACGGGAGAACCGUGACAGCCUUUACCAGAUUGAGGAGGAACGCAAGAAGCGGCAAGACGCCGAGAGGGCUAGAACCCAUCUGGAGGAGCGCAUGAACGCAAUCAACAACAAGAAAAAGAAGAAAGGUAGCCUCAACUGCUUUUAG